UGUUCCGGUAUCAGGGCAGGAUCGUGCGCAUAGACUGCAAUUCGGGCGCAGCUCUCUCUCCCUCUCUCCCUCUCUCUCUCUCUCUCUCUCCCCCCUCUCUCUCUCUCUCUCUUGUCGCCCGUCACACACACCUCGCAUCAAGACAACCGAUCAUGGAUUUUACAACCUGAUGAACCCUUUUGGAAUCGACUGGCCAUAGGGGGGGGGAACAACAACAGGACGAGCUGGUUUAUCGCCACACUGCACUGCAGCACUGCUGAACGACCUUUUAUUCCAAUCACGCAUCAACAAGGAAAAAAAAAAAAACAGCGACCGGUGAUUUCCGUGGAUUUUUUUGUUGAGUUUCUGAGUGCUGCGGCCGGAGAGGACGGAUAAAGCUAACUAGCUUUUUUUUUCUUGUUACCGAAAAAGAAACACGGAAUUACCUACCCCAGCUUGCAUUGGCGUCAAAUUAAUCCGUCAUGUGACAAUUCAACGUGGUGCUUAUUUUGUGUUUUUCUUUUUUUUUUUUUUUAUAAAAAAAAGGAUACCUUCAGUGUGAGUUUCUGUUGUGUGCAUUUGGGGAAGAAGGUCGAGACCUCGCCGGGAAUAAACUUUGGCCUGAAAGUUUGUCCACUCACAAACCCCCCCUUUUUUUUUUUUUUUGCUCCUGAAUCGAAAAGGAAGUAUCUUUAAUGACAACAUUUUGACAAAACGACGUCGACUGCUUCGUGAAAACGACCCUGGAAAACAUCUGUUUUUUUUUUUGUUUUUGUUUUUUUUAAAGAUUUCUUUUGACAGCCGUAGUUUUUAUUAGCAGCCACUUAUAGGUUAGCAUGCUAAUUGAACCAACACAGCCCAACUUUUCCUGAAGCUUUCCAAAACGUCACAGCGUCAGGCCUUGGUCGCUUUCUAGUCUACCUUCGACGCUGCUAAUCGGUGAUUUUAGGCCUGCAUGUUUUCACACUCGCACCUAAAAGCUGAACGACAAAUUAGCCCCUUUUUUUUGUUUACAUGCUUGUUGACAAACAUGGGACGUGCGGCUGCUGCUAGCUUAGUUUGCAGCUAGCUGGCUAAACUCCGCUAGCCCGCCGAUGUGGGGAUUCAACUUGUUGAUUCACGGGCUCUCCUGCUAGCUGGCUAGCACUUGGCAUUUUUGUUGUCUCAUCAUCUAGACAGAUUUUUUUUAAAUGCACAAAAGACACUGAAGAAUCGUCCUAUUCACACAGGUCCCUUUCCCCCCUCCUCCCCCCCACACACACCUUUAAUUGGAAACUUGAACUUUUUUCUAAAAUGUCAACAAGGAUCCCUCUGGUGCAAGUCAUAGAGAAUUCAACCGGGCAGGAGUCUAAAUCAUCGCGCUCCAGCAUGCCGCGAUGUCGGAACUCCGUUGCUACGACCACAACAGACGACCAGCCGCACAUUGGUAACUAUCGGUUGCUAAAAACCAUCGGCAAAGGCAACUUUGCCAAGGUCAAACUGGCACGACACGUCCUGACCGGGAAAGAGGUGGCUGUAAAGAUCAUUGAUAAGACGCAGCUCAACUCCUCCAGUUUGCAGAAGCUCUUCCGGGAAGUGAGAAUCAUGAAGAUGUUGAACCAUCCCAACAUAGUCAAGCUCUUUGAGGUGAUAGAGACAGAGAAGACUUUGUACCUGGUAAUGGAGUACGCCAGUGGAGGAGAAGUCUUUGAUUACUUGGUGGCCCACGGCAGGAUGAAGGAGAAAGAAGCUCGUGCCAAAUUCAGACAGAUUGUGUCAGCGGUGCAGUAUUGCCAUCAGAAGUGUAUAGUACACAGAGACCUCAAGGCGGAGAACCUGCUGCUGGAUGCCGAUAUGAACAUCAAGAUAGCAGAUUUUGGCUUCAGUAAUGAGUUCACUCUUGGGAACAAGCUGGACACAUUCUGUGGCUCCCCACCCUACGCUGCCCCCGAGCUCUUCCAGGGCAAGAAGUACGACGGGCCCGAGGUGGACGUCUGGAGCCUGGGGGUGAUCCUUUACACACUGGUCAGCGGCUCGCUGCCCUUCGACGGACAGAACCUUAAGGAGCUGAGAGAGCGCGUACUGCGUGGUAAAUACAGGAUCCCUUUCUAUAUGUCUACGGACUGUGAGAACCUGCUCAAGAAGUUCCUCAUCCUGAACCCCUCUAAAAGAGGCAGCCUCGAGCAGCAGAUAAUGAGGGACCGUUGGAUGAAUGUGGGCUACGAUGAGGAGGAACUCAAACCGUACAUCGAACCCAUGCCAGAUUAUAAGGACCCAAGGAGGACAGACAUCAUGUUACAGAUGGGAUUCUCUCAGGAGGAGAUCCAGGACUCGCUGGUGAACCAGAAGUACAAUGAUGUGAUGGCUGCAUAUCUGCUACUGGACUAUAGGAACCAUGAGCUGGAGGAGAGCGGCAUCAAGCCCCGGCCAGGAAGUGAUGUAAGCAACAUAAACGCCCCCUCCCCGCCUCAUAAGGUACAACGCAGUGUGUCGUCCAACCAGAAGCCUACGAACCGCAGAGGCACAGAUCAGGGAUCCUCUUACUCUAAAAGGGGGGGUCAAGCAGACAACAGGACCGCAGCGGAGGAUUCUGGGAGGAAAAGUUCAUCGAGCAGCUCCACUACCAAGGUGCCGGCAAGCCCACUGGUCUCCUCUGACCGCAAGAAGAGCGCCACGCCUUCCACCAAUAGCAUCCUGUCCACCGGUACAGGUCGCAGUCGGAACUCUCCUCUGACCGAGAGAACCACGUUGGGACAGGGCAUCCAGAACGGCAAGGACAGUCUAAACACUCCGGGCUCCCGAGCCUCCACUGCCUCAGCCGCUGCCGUCCUCUCCUCCUCCUCCUCGCGUCCCCGUCACCACAAGUCCCUGUCCUCCUCCAAUCAUCCAUGCCCCUCUGACCUGCACGCACCACGGCCCAGCGCCCCAACUCAGCGGCCUCCCGGUGCAUCUCCAUCUGCCCAUAACAUAAGCAGCGCUGCCGUGACAGACCGUCCCAACUUCUCCCGGGGGGUGGCCAUCCGCAGCACAUUCCACGCAGGCCAGCAGCGGGGUGCCCGAGACCAGCAGGGCUCCGCCUAUCCCGGCGGGCCCGCAUCCCCAUCACUGUCCCACGGCAACAGCCAGGCCAGGAGGACACAAGGCGCUACAGGGAUUUUCAGCAAGUUCACAUCCAAGUUUGUACGAAGGAGUCCGUAUGAGGGAGAGGGUCGGGAUGAGGGGAGCAGGUCUAUGCUGAGCAGCACAGUGGACAAGUCGGAGAAGACUUCAGGUGGUGUUCUCUCCUCCUCCUCCAACAACGAUGAGAACAACUCUUCACCAGGAUCUGGUAACACUGGUGGAACCGGCAGCCCUCCAGCCAUCACCAGCCAAAAGGACUCGGCCAAGCCGCGCUCGCUCCGCUUCACCUGGUCAAUGAAGACCACGUCGUCCAUGGAGCCCAUGGAGAUGAUGCGCGAGAUCCGCAAGGUGCUCGACUCCAACAGCUGCGAGUACGAGCUGCGCGAGCGCUACAUGCUGCUGUGCGUGUCGGGCAACCCGGCGCGCGACGACUUCGUCCAGUGGGAGAUGGAGGUUUGCAAGCUGCCUCGGCUCUCCCUCAACGGCGUGCGCUUCAAGCGGAUCUCAGGCACAUCCAUCGCCUUCAAGAACAUUGCCUCAAAGAUUGCCAACGAGCUCAAACUGUGAGUGCAGAGGAAGCAGCGAGGAGGGAUGAGACGAAAGGGUGGAGGUGGGUGGGUGAACAGGGUGAAAGCUAGAGGUGAUGCUGUGAGCAGGGUGAGGGCACUAUGGAGGUUAAGCUAAAGAGUGGGGUCACUUUAAAUAACAUGAUUGUUAUCUGGACAAAGGUCUGAAGUAGGGCUAUUGGUUCUCUUGAGAGUAGAAAAUGUUUCCUUUCUAGAAGUUCUGUUCGUUCAGUUCCUGAGGCCCUGCAGUAAGAAACUCUGAGUUGAUUUCCUCUGAGUUGUGAAGGACUUGUAGACCGAGAUCUUCUCUCUUCCCUGCCGGGUUUCUUUUUCAUGUUCUACUUAGACGUUCCACACUUCUGCAUGUCUGAUCUCCGUUUUUAGAAGUCACCCUUUUAUCACUUUGACCACUCCUCGUCACUACUUCCUGCUAUUUAUUCAGUUUUUUUUUUUUCUGCACGGAUCUGCUGCCAGAUCUUUUCUGGUAGGAGGGAAACCAGGUCAAAGGUGGGGUGGGUUGGUUGGUUGGUUGGUUGGUCGGUCAGUCGGAUGGAGGACAAGGAGAGGAAUUGCUGGAGGAAAACAAAAAGUCUUUCUGUGUUUCUCUGAAUCUCUAAUAAGUGCUGAUGAGGGGGAGGAAAGUUUGGAGCCUUAUUUUGCUGGAAAACUCGAAAAAGAGUUUAGAUUGAAUUUGUUCUCGUUCCCCUCCAAAACGGAAUGGACUCCCAACUGAGCCAGGACUUUGGUUGCUGAAGCCCACUGUCUCACACACACACACACACACACACACACACACACACACACACACACACACACACACACACACACACACACACACACACACACACACACACACACACACACACACACACACACACACACACUCUCACAAAUGGACUUUGGAUGGAUGAACUCUGCUGACUGUUGGUUAACGGACACCCGCCUCCCCCUCCCGCCCGGAAACAAACUUUUUAAAGAUCCACCAGAUCCACCAACCUCCUCACACACACACACACACACACACACACACACACACACACACACACACUCAUAAAAAAAACACUUAACCACCCCCUCUCCCUUCUUAUUUCCAAGUGAACUCAGCACAAACACAUCCACCUGUUCACCUUUUCACUCCCUGUUUUGUUCUUUAUUUCUCUCAUGCCAUCAAGUCGGAGGAAGCCAGUCAGACUUGAUGCCGCCAUUGAUUGUACAGACUUCAUCUUUAAUGAAGUCCGUACUUGAUUUUUUCUUUCCCUUCGUCUUUUAUGGCUUUUAAAGAGUUGUGCACUGGAAAAGAGGGCAUACGAGGAAACUGGGGAGGGAGGGAGGGAGGGACGGUGUAUUGACAGGUUUGAUCCAGGAUGUUAUGUUGCCUUUCUUUAUGGAGUCAAAUUGGGUUUUUUUUUUUGUUUUUGUUGCAUAUGUCAGCACAUAAAUGCUCAAAUGAUUUAUUUGUACUAUUUUUGUUUAUUUUAUUUUAUUUUUUUGCUUCAGUUGGCAUCAUGCCUUCAUACCCAGAAUGUCAACACUGAACCCACUCAUGCUGUUGUUGUUUUUUUCUCCCCUAAUCCCCUCUUUGCUACACGUGUUCCCAAAGAGCAAACUCACAAACAAAGGUGUCUUUGGAGUCUGUGACAAACAGUAAGUGUGUGUGAGUGUAUUUUAAAAGAAAUCACUGGAAAACAAAAAAAGAGAGAGGAAAAAAAGAAAAACGAUCGACAAAGGACGACAACGAAUGGUGAAUUAUUUUCUUCUUCUACUUUUGAUUUGAUAAUAUAUUUUUGUGUCGUUGAGAUUUUUUUGGGCUUGUACAGAUUUGGAUUUGUUUCAGGGCAGAGGGAUCACGUUGGAUCAUAUCAUUGCUGCCUUUUCGGUGUAGUGCACCUUUAACACACACACACACACACACACACACACACACACACACACACACACACACACACACACACACACACACACACACACACGGCUUCUAGUUCAUCAAACUAAACACCAACCCCCCCCAGUUGCUGACAGGAGAUAUCGAUGUAUUUUAUGAUGGUGAUGAUGACGGCAGCUUGCUUGUUCAUCCUUGGCAAAAAAAAAAA